CACUUUGUUUUCGGAUUUCGGGUUUUGUAUUACGGUUUUGAUGGGACUCUGAUUUUGAAUGUAAAUGGGGUUGAUGUUGAUGGGCAGGGGAGGUGUAUUUGUACGGAACGUCGGCGGUGGUGCGAGUGCCGGAGGAUCUAGAGGAGAUUGUGGCCACUCCAGAAUCGAUAAGCGUUGUAAUGAGAGUUUCCAAGACUGUGUCCAGCCGAAUGGAGGAGAAGAGGCGGAAUUGAAGGCGGAGUAAUCUUGCUGUGUAUGGACGACGAUUUGCCGGGAGCCGUUGGCAACUGACCCAAUUCCAUUGUCUUCGCGCCUGCAACUCCAGAGAGAAAUAGCUUCACAGCCGGUGACAAAGCCCGACGAGUUUUUGCGGGAGAGAUUCAGAGCCCUAAGAAAUGGCGACAAACAUUGGGAUGAUGGAUUCUGCGUAUUUCGUUGGAAGAUCGGAGAUCCUCGCGUGGAUCAACUCUACUCUUCACCUUAAUCUUUCCAAAGUCGAGGAGGCAUGCUCUGGUGCGGUUCAUUGCCAAUUGAUGGAUGCGGCUCACCCAGGGAUGGUACCGAUGCACAAGGUCAAUUUUGAUGCGAAGAGCGAGUACGAAAUGAUCCAGAAUUAUAAGGUCCUCCAAGAUGUGUUCAACAAAUUGAAGAUCACCAAGCAUAUCGAGGUGAGCAAGCUUGUGAAAGGAAGGCCCCUUGAUAAUCUGGAGUUCAUGCAGUGGAUGAAACGUUAUUGUGAUUCCGCUAAUGGAGGCGUUUUGCUGUGUUAUAAUGCUUUGGAAAGGAGAGAAGCAUCCAAGGGUGGAAAGGACGCAAGCAAGAAGAGCACCACAUCACAUUCUUCUGCAAAAGGUUCAACAGCUGCUGCAUCCAGGGCUCAGGUCUCUCAGAAUGCUCGGAGAAAUGAAGCAUCAGUGAACUCUGGAAAUCAGGUAGCAAAUGCUUCAAAACCUCCAUCCAAUGGAGUAUCUGCAUAUGAUGAACAGAUCACGACGUUGAAACUGUCGAUCGACAGCCUUGAGAAAGAGAGGGAUUUCUACUUUUCUAAGCUAAGAGAUAUUGAGAUACUCUGCCAGAGUCCACAGAUUGAAAGUUUGCCUGCUGUAGGAGCUAUAAGGAAGAUACUGUAUGCUGUUGAUGAUGAUGCAUCAGUGGUGGCAGAAGCUCAAGCUAUGUUGUCCGUUCACCAGAAGGAAACGAUAGAUCUUUUGAGUCCAAUUGCUGAAGUUUCUGAUGAGAAGCUAAGUUUAGAAUCCCAGAAGAGAAAAAGUGUAAUCAAUUUUGAUGUAGACGUUGUUGGCAUGACAACUUUGUCUCCCAGGCGGAGGGUAUCAGAUGCUUCUGAUGUUCAUUGCAGUGGGUCACCCCUUAUGACAUACUGAUCAAGGCAUUCUUUUGUAACCGUGCAAUUCCUCAACUACUAUAGUAUAGUAUAGUUAUGAUUCUAGAGUUGUUCUUAUGUGUCGUCCUGUUUGUUCAGAACGUUUUCAUCUGGUUGUUUUUAAUGAAGAAUUGAUGAAAGACCCUGAAAUGAAACAACCCUAUUGGAGGA